CAAGCUCAGGCUCAAGUGAGACAGCGCCGUAAGGAAAGCUCAAUCGUGACUUGACGGACUGUUCUUUAACUCAUUCCUGCCAUGGCCACGUUCUUCGGCGAGGUGAGAUAUUUGGUGUCCAGGGCCUAUGACGAAGAGGAUGACGAUGAGGACACUCCGGGGAUAACGUACAAUGUUUGUCUGGAGAUGAGUGAGGGAGGCCAAGGGAAGAUGAAGAGUGUGGAGGCUUUGCUCAUCUCUUAUGGAACUCUUGUGACAGAUUUCUGUGAGACGUUGGUGCUGAGUGAGCAGUGCCAGGAGGUGGGCAAAGUAUAUGUUGAGGCACAGAACAGCCCUUCAGUGGAGGACACAGGGGACUUCCACCCUCGCAAGCCUGUUCCCUCAUGCCUCUUUCUCACUCCAACUUCCCUUUUAGUGUGUUGUGUCAGCAAAGAUGUGACUGCUGUUGUUGCUCCAAAGUUUGCACAAAAACUAUUGUCUCUCAUCAAGCCGUCAUGUCUGGUGAUGGUGCUCUCGUCACACCACUAUGACGCACUGAAAGGUAACUACACACCACAGGGAGAAGACAACUGUGUGGUGCACUCAUUGCGCUCCUCAACUUUCCCUCAUAUUCCUAUUUACCCCCAACUGCCACAGCCAGCCAUCCUGGACUCUGUUCCUGCUGCAGUGAUGACAGAGUGUGUGGUGGGUCAGCGGCAAUGUGUGGCGUACUCAGUGUUCACAGAGACAUAUUCCACCGGGGACUUGGACCUGGUUGCUGGGGCCUUACAGAGGGUGUUCAAGGGCAAACCCUUCCAGAAGUAUGUGUCUGUAGGGCUGGACGUCAAGAAACUACACCAGUACCGCACCACCAAUCCUUGCCGGGAAAACCUUGACCUUUAUUUGUAAAAAAAAAAAAAAAAUCUUCUAAUGUGCUAAUUCUUUUUGCUCUUGAAUGAAUGCAUUAUAUACUUAGUGUGAUAGUGUAAAAUUAAAAAUGUUUUACAUA